AUGGCCAUGAUUGCCAAUGUAUCGAGGGAGGUACCAGAUCCUGGACAGGCUGCGUGGGUCAGCGCCAACGACAAGCCCACCGCUCCUCAGGGCAGCAAACCUGUCACCGGCGAUGCAGCGGAAAGACUUCUGAAAGGCGGCGUGAUGCAAUUGCCAGCCAGAGACAGACGGCGCAUCAAAGACUUAUCACACAAUGAUUUCGAGCCCCAGCAAGAGUUAGCCAAUGUAUUCUCAGAUAUCAGGCGCAAGCCAGCGCCAGCUCCCGAGCUUGCGCAGAGCGCGACAGGCGUCAUGUCCAACAUGAACUUUGAUAUCGAGAUUAGAAAGCGGUACAAUGCGCCCCUCGCCAUUGAAUCGGGCGAGUUCCCGGAUAGUAAUGUGGUGAGCGGCCGCAUGCUCCCAUUGUGCUACGAGGCCGGUCUGGCAAGUGGCCAUUCCCCCGAGGCACCUCAGCUUCUCACCGUGGCGGUGGAAACCUUCAUCAAAGAGAAUCUAGCAACAAUCUUCAGCCGCACGCGAAGUAAUGGACCCGGCGAUGCCGGCAACGCCGGCUUCGGCGUGGGAAUCAAUUGGAUCCAAACGGCACAAUAUUCGAAGCAGCUCCAUCUCGAGGAGAAUCUUGCGCAGAACGGGAGAUUGACCAGGGAUAAAAACGGUCUUCUGCCGGUGGAGGCGAAGGCAGCGAGCGAGCGCGGCCCCUUGACUGUUGCCGAUCUUCGCCUCGCAAUUGAGGUGGGCGAAACAGGGUUCUCCCACUUCCCUGCCUUGCGGACACAAAUCUUGCAAGGUUAUCGCGAGGGCGAACUCGAAAAUUACAACGAAUAUUCCUACGUCUCUGGACACGAGACUACGGACCAAGCGGACGAAUACGUCCCAGCACUGGUCAAUGGCGAGGCAGAUGCCCCCGUGCUUAAUGGGAUGGGAGAACCCAUGGACGUCGACACUACUCUGGAGUGGGAAGGCGCCGAGGAUGGCGACAUUGACUUGCUGGACAAUGUGCUCGAUCAGAUAUUGGUUGGCACGUAA